UAGUAACCUCUCUUAGCGUAUUUCCCAACAAUUUCCCUCCAUUCGUUGGAAAUAAAUCCAGUGAUUUUUUUUUAGGAAAGAAAUUAUUUUAAUCGAACCGAGUGUCAUCAGUCGGGUAUUUAACAGCCUAGCAACAGUCUUCGGAGUUAAAUUUUUAUUUUGCUACCAGAGAGAAAGCAGAAAGACUAAAAAGCAUGGGAUGCAUUACGGGCCGAUGCCUCGGUUCAGACGAUACGGGGUACCCUGGAGCAGAAUACAUGGCGGCCAUUAGAAAGAAACUCGUGAUUGUAGGCGAUGGAGCGUGCGGUAAAACGUGCCUACUUAUAGUCUUUAGUAAAGACCAAUUUCCUGAGGUUUAUGUGCCCACUGUAUUCGAAAAUUAUGUAGCCGACAUUGAAGUAGACGGAAAACAGGUUGAACUGGCUCUAUGGGAUACGGCAGGACAAGAAGAUUAUGACAGGUUACGUCCGUUGUCUUAUCCUGACACGGACGUUAUUUUAAUGUGUUUCUCAAUUGACAGUCCUGACUCCCUUGAGAACAUUCCUGAGAAAUGGACACCCGAGGUGAAGCAUUUCUGUCCCAAUGUGCCCAUCAUUCUCGUAGGAAACAAAAAGGAUCUUCGAAAUGAUCCAAGUACCAUUAAGGAGCUUGGCAAAAUGAAACAGGAACCAGUUAAGCCAGAGGAAGGCCGCGCUAUGGCCGAGAAAAUUAACGCCUUCGCUUACCUUGAAUGUUCAGCUAAAAGCAAGGAAGGCGUGAGGGAGGUCUUCGAAACGGCGACCAGAGCCGCACUACAAGUAAAGAAGAAGAAGAAGGGAAAGUGUAGGCUGCUUUAAGGUGUAAUGCAAAAUGGGCCCGAAGCAAAGCGGGUAAAAAAAAAUAAGGAAUUGUAAAACUAGCUGGCAUCGAAGCUAGUCGUAAUGCCGGAGGCCCCAGCAUCAGCUAUUACAUAAUAAUAUCUUAUCUUUAAUUAUUUUACAUAAUGCAAA